GAAACCAGAAUGGUGGGACGAGUCGCUUGAAGAUAUCCCAUCUCUUCGGUCCGCAGGCCACGACAGAAUUAUCUGCCGAGCCAAUAUUGUGAUAGGAAGGGAGGAAGAUUUCCGUCGGAAGUAUUCCCGAUGUCAGGGGAGGAAUCGAAUGAAGCUAGUGGAUAAGAAGUUCUUGGGAGCCUCCCACUUUUGAUUCGGCAGUCACGUGGACCACGCCCGAGUCCUUCGAGAAGCUGGUGACUACACUUACUUGUGAAGUAAACGAAAUAAACAAUAACAACAUGAGUGAACCGGCGUGGAAGAAAGUUGCAGAAGCAAAGCAAGAAGAAAGAGUUUCCAAGAUACCGAAAGAAUGGAUCAUCCCCUCCCAUCUCCUGCCAAGCGAGGAAGUACGCGAUGUCCAGGACUUUCCUCACACAUCUGGGCUCUUCACCGCAGAAGAGCUUGAGAUUACAGAAUCUACUGCAUCAAUAGUAGUUUCAAAGAUCGCAUCAGGAGAAUGGACAGCCGUUCAAGUCCUUCUAGCAACAUCCAAACGUGCUUCCAUUGCACAACAACUCAUCAACUGCCUCACCGAAAUAUAUUUUGACGAAGCUCUAUCUCGAGCAAAAUCCCUUGACGAGUACUUCAAAAAAGAAGGAAAAGUCGUAGGGCCUUUGCAUGGACUUCCAAUAAGUUUCAAAGACCAAUUCAACCUCAAAGGUGUCGACACCUCGGUCGGAUAUAUAUCCUGGUGCAACAAACCCGCAGCCGAGGACUCGACACUUGUCGAGCUACUCAUGAAAGCUGGCGCGGUACCAUUCGUCAAGACAAACAUUCCGGCGACACUCAUGAUGGGUGAAUCGGUCAACAACGUCUUCGGACGGACUCGAAAUCCGAGGAAUCGAGACCUGACAACGGGUGGAUCGUCGGGAGGUGAAUCAGCUCUUGUGACUUUCAGAGGAUCAUUUAUUGGGAUAGGUACAGAUAUUGGCGGGAGCAUUCGACACCCUCAUGGACGAGUCAGCUAUCAGAAGGUAGCAAAUACGUUUCUUGGGCAGGAAGCAGUGAGGUCUUGUGCAGGACCAAUGACUCGGAGUGUGGACGAUACCCGCUUGUUUAUGAAAAGUCUGGCGAGUACGGAGCCUUGGUUGUAUGAUCCACAGGCUGUACCUGUGCCCUGGAGAGAAGAGUUAGAGAAGUUGCCUGAGAAACUGUGUUUUGGGUUUGGGAUGGGUGAUGGUAGAGUGAAUCCCACUCCGCCAUUGAGGAGAGCGAUGGAGAUGACGAAAGCCGCAUUGUUGGCUGCAGGGCAUGAAGUCAUCGAUUUCAUACCGACUGAGCAUAUUGAAGCCAUGGAGAUCAUUAGCAAGAUGUGGUCAGCGGAUGGAGGAGAGGAAUUUCAGCGUGAUACGGACGCAUCAGGAGAACCGUUGCAUCCUCAGCUUGAAGCAUGGCUUGGACAUAGUGCCGAGUGCAAACCGAUGACUGUCUUUGAGACAUGGCAGAAUCAGCAGCGCCGUACUGUACUACAGAUGAAAUGGCUGGAGCGCUGGCAAGCGACAAAAGAGUUGACUGGAACCGGACGACCUAUCGAUGGGCUCAUUAUGCCAAGCACACCAUUUCCAGCUAUCAGACAUGAUGGCGGCUAUCCACAUCACUGGGGAGCUAUAUCCCCUCUGCUGGAUCUGACGACAGGAGUGUUCCCAGUGACAAAAGUAGACCUAGAAAAAGAUGUCGUACCGAAUGACUGGAAGCCAAUUUCUGAUCUUGACGAAAAGGUCACGAAAUACUACGGUCACCCAAAGAAUCAUGAGAAUGCGUUGGUAGGAUUGGCAGUGAUUGCUCGUCGACUCGAAGAGGAGAAGGUAGUUGCAAUGAUGGGAGAGAUAACAAAAUGUUUGGGAGGGAAGUAA